AUGCCUGAGACCGAGACCGAGACCGCGACCGUGGCCGCAGCGACGGAGGAAAUCCUGGUCCAAGACAUCGAUCAGCAGAAUGCGAAUGACGAGGCGGACCAAGACGAUGCCGCGUCGGACGCUGACCAGAGGCUGGGCGUAGAUCCCGUUGAGAAGUUCAUCAAACCCUUGGUCUUGGAGGAGUCGCGUCUGUACAUGCUUGCGCGGCGCUUCUCCGAAGUAUAUCGUUAUCUCGCCUUGACGUCGGAUCAGCAGUUCCUCCCGACGCCCGUGACGAAGCUGCCAACUGGCGAGGAGGUCGGUCGCUACUUGGCCAUUGACGUUGGCGGCAGCAACCUGCGUGUGUCCUUUAUCGAAUUGUUGGGCGAAGAUGCGGACUCGGACAAGGGCCCAACGGAUGCGUCGGAAAGAUCGCGCGAUACCAUCCGCAAGGCCCAAAGACAGCGUGUGCGACGCACAUUGGAGAAAGCAUGGCCGAUCCAAGAACAUCUAAAGAUGGAUAAGGCGGAGGAUCUGUUUUCUUGGAUUGGAGACUGCAUUGCUGAAGUCAUAGCCGACAGCCUUUCGUCAGAUGCCACCAAGGGAAAUGUCCCCGAAGAGUUGGAGAUGGGCAUUACUUUCAGUUUUCCGAUCAUGCAAGAAUCCGUCGGAGAAGCUACGUUGAUGCCUAUGGGCAAAGGAUUUGCGAUUACAUCCGAUCUCAAUCUGCGAAACAUUCUACUGGCCGGGUACGAGAAGCACACACGGCGAAAUGACGAUGAUCAGCCCUCAAGCAAGAGGCGAAAACUCUUUGCUCUCCCGAAACUGAAGAUAGCUGCCAUCACUAACGACACAGUUGCAACUCUCAUCUCGUCCGCAUACUGUGUCAAAGCGUUACCCAAUAGCCGGGUAGCAAUGGCCAUCAUCGUUGGCACUGGCUGCAAUGCAACGAUCCCGAUGCGUCUCACCGAUUUACACGAAUCCAAGGCCAAGCUUGUGAGCUCAAGAGAGCCUGAUGCGACACAGACUGUAGUCAACACGGAAAUAACCAUCUCUGGCGCGACAGCGCCGCUUGGAGAGUUGAAUAUAACGACAAAAUGGGAUAUUGAUCUUGAUAAAGCGUGUGCGCGCCCUGGCUUUCAACCAUUGGAAUAUAUGACGGGUGGACGAUAUGUUGGGGAACUCGUCCGUAUUGUUCUCUUUGACUACCUCACCAGCGUGGUGGGGGUAUCCAAGAAGGAGCUUCCUGCUACUUUGGUACAUGACUACGCUCUCUCCACGAUCUAUCUUUCGGACAAGGUUGCGCGCAUCCGGUCUGAUCCAGAACUGGUGACGGAACUCACACGAUCUCUUCCUCCCCCAGAAUCCAGCGAGUGGAGCUGGGAUAAUCAUACAGCAGCCGCGUUUCGGAGAAUCGCCAGAGCUGUCCAAACGCGUUCGGCCGGUCUCAUCGCCUCAGCAGUUGUGGGUUUACUAGCUUGCACGCGAGAAAUCCAAUUGAAGGACGAUAGUACACGAACCACACCGCAACCCGCAACCGCAGACGAAGAGCAACACGGCACACAGCCCGAAAACCUUGUUGCUUCGACAACCAACUCGGCAGGUCACAGUCACAAUCGGAACCUCAUCGUUCCAGUUCUCGCUCCAGCCCCAGCGGACUGGCAGUCUGGGCCCGAGGAACUGGUCGUCGCAUACACCGGAGGAAUCAUCCAGAACUACCCCAACUUCAAAGAAACAUGCCAGAGCUAUGUCGAUCGACUGAUUAUGCGAACCGGCCCGCAGAAGAGCGGCCGCUCGGUGUUCCUCCGCGAAGCAUCGGACGGCGGUGUAAUCGGCGCAGGUGUGCUCGCGGGCAUGGUGGCUCAUCAAGCAUAA